CCUGGCUGCGCGCGGGCGGGAGCGGGGACGCGAUGCCGCCGCCGCCGCCUCCUCCGCGCGGGCCCGGGCUGCGCCGCCGGGGCUGAGCAGCCGCCGGAGCCGCGAGCCGAUCGGCCGCCGGGCGCUCCCGCAGCGCAGGAGGAUGGGCUGUGGCGGGAGCCGGGCCGAUGCCAUCGAGCCCCGCUACUACGAGAGCUGGACCCGGGAGACCGAGUCCACCUGGCUCACCUACACCGACUCGGACGCGCCGCCCAGCGCCGCCGCCACCGACAGCGGCCCCGAGGCGGGCGGCCUGCACGCGGGUGUGCUGGAAGAUGGACCGUCCUCCAAUGGCGUGCCCCGAUCUACAGCCCCAGGUGGAAUAUCCAAUCCGGAGAAGAAGAUGAGCUGUGGGACCCAGUGCUCGAAUCCCCAGAGCCUCACCUCAGGCCCUCUGACCCAGAAACAGAAUGGCCUUCGUACCACGGAGGCUAAAAGAGAUGCCAAGCGAAUGUCUGCAAAAGAAGUCACCAUUAAUGUUACAGACAGUAUCCGGCAGGUGGACAGAAGUCGAAGAAUCACGAAGAACUGUGUUAACUAGCAGAGCGUUCACCUGCAAGUGCAGACGGACAUCUUCGGUGCCCUCCACACACUGGAGCCCAUCGAGGGGUCUUGAGGAAGCGGCUGGCCCUUGCUGGAGGUGAACGCUGCUGAGUGCCUUGAGAGACUGUCCUACCUGGCAGCCAGCGGCCACCGGGGCUGCGGGGACCUUCUCGGCCUCCUGCUCACCCCAGAACUGUGCUGGCACAGGGCUCACAUGUGGUAGAUAGCUGCAAACGUGCAGUCACUUUGCCUCUUUGCAACUCCUGCAGCACGGUCUGAUGUAAAAGUGGUGAGCGAAGCCGCAGGCAGGUUUGUGACACAGAGGCCAGUAGUCCGAGCGCAGUUCCUGGGUGAGCGAUGCACAGGUGGGCUCCGAGCCCCCCGGCCGCGGCCGUGUGCGCUGUCACGGUCAGCCUGUCCAUCCGUUCUUUCUUUCUGAAUGCCACCGUCAGAAAGCUUACCGCGUUCACUUCAAAGCCGUCUUUCGCCCACCUGUAAACCCAGAUCUAGGAGAAAUCAAGGAACAGGGAAACCCGCUGUUACACCGGUUUCCUGAGCUCAGUACGAGACAGAUUCAGAUCCGGUUUCACACAAACUCAACCGCCCCCCCCAAACUCGCAUCGUGUUUUGAGAGGUCUCUGUGAUGCGGUCACACCCGUUUCUCCUCUGCCUUCAGUGUCCCCCCCCCCCCGUACUGGUGUCCAUGUCAGCCUCCGUACCACAACGUCGUGGUCACCGUGGUCCACUCAUCCAACCAGUACGGCCCGCAGGGCUCAGCCACACACUGCGUUUUCAGAGCGUUCCAGUUCUCCCUGCUUGUGCUCUUGAGUGUUUCUUCUCUCCAGUUGGGUCAUUUGCGAUUGUUAAUCAAAGCGUCAACACUGCUCACAUGAGGGAGAUAAUCCAGAACACACUGGCGGCACAUAGGGCUUCGCUUUGGUUCCUCCAAUGCGGAGCGAGGACUAUGACAUUUGCUGUCGUGAAGGAAUCGCUUUAGAAGGGCAGUGCCUAGUUGAUGUGCGGUCACAUUGACUGAUGCGCACCGUGUGAGAAAUCAGAGGCAGUAAAAACAAAUAUUUUGAUAGAUUAAAAUGAUCUAACACUUCUUUAAACACGUUCAGGUGGAAGUAUCUUCCUCCAAAGUAACGUAGCAUAAUUUUAAAGGAUUGUUAACAUGCCUGGACUGGCAAAGGUAGGACUAAAGUUGUACCAAAUGAUACCAAUAAACUCCAUGUUUAGCAGAGAUGGGCAGCCUGAUGGUGUGUGUUUAUAUAAUAUGGUCCAGAGAAUUGACAUGUGUAGGUUAACAUUUAGAAACUUGGCCUCAUUACCUGCCAAUUUUGUUAUUCCUCAAACACAAGCAAAUAGUAUUCCUCCUUCUCUCCCUUCCUUCCUUCCCUCCUUCCUUCCUCCUUCCCAGUCCUGCACCAGGCACCUUGCAGAUGCUAAGAGAUUUGAGUCUAGCCAGUCACCCUUGCAUAUCCUGAAUCUGACAGUGGACUUCAUAACUAGGGGACUAACUUAGACCCUAAGGGGUAGGGUGUGUGGUGAACUCUCACUUUUACAUUCAGGGUAGCCCUCUCUCCUAGACCAGCUCUGGGUGCUCUGUAAUCACUGCACAAGCCCUUUUACCAUAUGAAAAACUACAGUUUUCCCAAACUUCUAUCAUUUUGAUUCUUUGAGAAAGGACUUUUUAAGGAACUUCAUUGUUCUGUAUAUUAAAUAAUAAUACAAUACAAGCAACACCUGUGGCUCUGAUGGCCCCACUGGCAUUACUCUGCAGGAGACCCCAACUGCCAGAAGUUGGCCAUGAUCCUGCAGGUUCAAGGGCUCGUUCUCCCAGGGCACGUGUUUCUGUGUGGGGUGCUCCUUCCCCAGCCAUGCCCCUGUCUGCCGCGGACGACACCAGUUUCUCUCUACAGCCUCGCUUGUGCCUCAUGGAAAUGCUGCACCUUGUGUGGGAUGUGUUAACUGGAGAGGGGGGGUCUCUGUUUUAUGUAGAAACAAUGUCUCACUCUGGGGGAGACAGAAUGAAGGGGUAUACGAUCUUCCCCUCCCUGGCACGGUCUGGAUUCCACAAAGGUAGUGAUCAGAAGUUAAACCACGUUACUGGAAAUUCAUCUGCAACUUUUUCACGUGUGUAUGAAACAAGAACUGAUUCCCACUCUCCUAUCAACGUUAACACUUUCUAUUGCAAAGUUUGUGUCAAUAAAGUCAUCAAUUUCAAACA